AAUCUAUUAAGCAACUGUCAACAACACUGAUCGCAUACUCCUCUUUUCUCUCCCACUAUUCGUUCUGGUAUUUUUUCGGUAUUUUGCUCUGUUCCUGUCCUCAUCGUACCAAAGCUGAAUAACGGAUCAUUGGAUCGAACUUGUGUUAAACGUGAUUUCGUUCUUUUGCAUAGUUUAAAUUUUCGACCCGAUCAAAAGUGUUCGUUUUAAUUUUUAAUCACAAAACCAUUUAUAUACCAAAAACCCAAUGCAAAUGGCUGAAGCUAAGCAAGAAAAUGGCGCUGGCGCCCUGAAAAUUGCCACCACUGCGGAUGCAACGGAUCAGGCACCUAGUCACUACCUCUCGCUUCCUGCCAGGAUGGACCACGGUGAGGAAGUGGUGACUCCCGGAGAAAAGGCCCAGUUUGAGUACCCGCCGCCACCUCCGCCCCCGACUCCCGUUCAAGCUCCACCGGCAUCCAAGGCCACCGCUCUUACCGCUCAUCUGGAGCACGACGACGACGAGACGAACUCCGAAAAGUGGGAGGAUCCCUGUGCCCCGCCCCCACCACCACCGUUGCCGGCCAACGCCUUCCUGGCUACAGGACUGGGCUACCUUAAGCUGCCAGCAUUUAAGCUGAAAGACGCGUUGGAGAAGGCUAUUACCAAGCUGGAGGCAAAAAAGCGAGUGCAGAAAACCAGCCCCGAGUUUUCUCGGUUCAUUAAGCACAAGGAAGUGGAGGCCAUAGAAAUGUUACCCAGACGUUCAAGCCCGGAGAAAAUAGGCGUUGGCCCGAUAAUGGCAUCCAUGUCCAUGGCUCUAAUUUUGCAUCCCAAAACCAAAAAGCCCGCCGUGAUUAUGCAGCUAGAAAGGCGUCUUAAGAUCGCCCACUUGCUGGCCAAGCAGAAUCGUAUUCUCCCAACCACUUCCCGAGAAGCCAUACCGAUGUAUGGGUCCUCGAAGCAGCCGCAUGAGGACGAGGGCCUGGCGCUUCAAGUGCUCUCGGCCCGGGCAUCCACGCCAUACACCCAGCCCACCAGUAUGUUGUCGUGCACGGCCGUUAGCUGUGACUUGGAGCACGACUCGCCAAAGAAGCAACAGGCCAGCAAGGACACUGUGCCGGAAGAACAGCCGCGUCAGGUGCAGCAGAAGCGUCCUCUCAUAAGUGCGACCAACAAACCAGGAAGUCUGCGGGCGCCCAAGGCGGUACGCUAUCCUGCCGCUCCAAUGGUCUGUAGCAAGCCGGUCAAGAACUAUACGCGCUCCCACCUACUGGACAUUCGCAACGAGAUGUUUAACGCCCUGAUGCAUAGGUCUAAGGAAAGCUUUGUUAUGCCCCGCAUCGCCACAUGCGAUGAUAUUGAACUGGAGGUCCGGCUUCGGCGUAUGAAUCUCUGGCGCACCUCGGAUGGAACAAGAUUCCGGGCUCGCUCCAGCACCAACAGCUCGAACAUGAACAACAAUGAGUGUAUGCCUGCGUUCUACAAGAACAAAAACAAACAGUUGAUCAGCGACGAGUCCAUCAUCCAGAGCCAGCCACCGCAGCCGCAAACCGAGUUCCAGGAUCCGGCCAUUGUUAACCAAAGACGCAUUGGUAGCGGUCGCUUUAAUCAUUCAAAGUGGCGUUACAGCGACGGCGAUUACCAUUCCAUGCCAUCAUACCACAAUGGUAAGCCGCAGAUGGAAGAGCUCAAUCCGAAACCCCAGAACAGCAGUAACAUGACGGUUCUGCAAUUCUUUGACAAUGGCGAGAUCAGCAGUAAUCCCAUGGGCCAGACCCAAGGGCGACCGAACACCCCCGUCAUUGGAAUGUCUAAUAAUCGCUCCGAGAACGAAACGUUGCAGUCAAACGAGUCCAGCGAGGAUCUGAGCCGUGCGAACGAAAAUUACGUGAAGCGCGUAAUGUCCGGAUUCCUUGUUGUAUCUAAACCAAAGUCUCGGGACGUUGAGGAUAGGCAUCACCGGCGCUACAGGAACCAAAGCGAGGAACCGGAGUGGUUCAGUUGUGGUCCCACCUCGAGGCUGGACACUAUAGAGUUGUGCGGCUUCGACGAGGACGAGGAGAAAAUGUUCAAAGAAAGCUGUAAACAUCCCGGAGUUGGCGAAAAGGAGAGAGAGGCGCAAAAACAUAAGGUUGACCAAAAUAAGUACAAAGUGAUGCAUCCAGAGCCCAUUAGCCGCAAUAAAUAUAUGCCCAAGAGCGAUUCAAACAAUAAUCAGAAUGUCGACAGCAUUAACAAGGUUCUGGCCGCCGAUCACCAUUUGCUUAAAGAUGACAAACGCUCAGGCAGUGUCCGUUCGUUUCAGUUUGAUAAGUUUAAUCAAAACCAGCAGAAUUAUGAGAGUGGAAAUUAUAAAAAUCACCCGCCACAAACGCAGCCACAGCAAAUGCAACAGCAAACAAAUACAAAUAAUAGUAAUUCUAAAUUUAUGUCAUUCUUCACCCGUGAGAGGAAUACCUCGUCGUCUUCGCUGAACGACUUUUUUAAGCAGGCAAUAAACCAUUGUCAAGCCAAAAAUCCGGUGCCCAAACAGUUGGGACACAUGAGUCAGAUGCCGUCGGUGGAUCAGUUGGAGGCAAAAUGGCGUCGAAACUCGCUGACUACUGCGGUCGAUUCUGCCACAAAGCAGUCUGAUAACUUUCAAAAGCUAAUUGGCUCUCUCAGUACGACUAAGCCACAGCAAAAAGUCCAACCUCAACCGUCGGCGGUAGGCAGCGAUGCUAUUUCUAACUUCAUUAUGCAACAGCAACAGUACCAGCAGCAGCAACAAAAGCAACACGUCAUAAUCCAGCAGCAACAGCAACAGACUGCCUUUUUGGCGGGUCUGCAGCUUAAGGCGAUCCUAGGACGGGCUGACACUCAAUUGCUCCUUCUCCGGCUGACCAAAGGGGAAAUUUCUAAGCACGGACUGCUUGUGCAGUUGGCCAACCCACGUUUGACCGACAUGGAUCGCGAAGCAAUCACGGCUGUUCUGCAGUUCACCAACACCCAGCAGCAGCAACAGCAGCACAAACACCAACUGGACAUGCUCUCCAGCACGGUAAUUGCCAGCCAACUACAAAAUCUCCACAACCUGGCCAUUGUCCAGCAGACAUUGGCCGCAAGGCAGCAGCAGCAGCAUAAUCCACAGUCACUGGCGCCGCAGCAACUGUCUCAGGAGGAUUUGCAGGCCCAUGCCAAUGUCAUAAUGCGAAAUGCUGUGAUGAAGCGCAAGAUGGAGGAACAGACCUCCAAGUUGAUUAAUGGUGGUGGCAAGCAUCAGGCUCAGCAGCCACAACUAAACCGUGAGCAGCAACGCCAGGCCCGACCGGAUGCCGCCUCGAAUGCACUGCUCCAAGCCUUGAUCUCGGGCGGUGGCAAUAGCCAAGCUUUUAGUCACCUCAUGACUGGACAGCACCAUCAGCAAUCUCAUUCAAACAAUCGACGUCCUUCUGCUGAUGCUAACAUGCGAUUCGCUGAAAACCAACAUUUCCAAACUUUUGAGCCCAGCCAGCUUCACUUUCCAACGCAAUACAAGCAGCACUAUCAACAGUCCCAGCAACAACAGACACAACAACCUCAUAUUCGCCAUCAGAACAACUCCUUCAGCAAGUCUCAGAUGCAGGCUCAAUCAGCAAUUACAAUGCUGCCCAAUGUCGGAGAUGAGUUUCAUUAACGGCCUCAAAAGAUUCGCCACAACGACUGUCGGUCUGAUGGCCAUUGGUAUCGGAUCCACCGCUCUCGUCUACACCACCCAUCGCUAUGUCAUUCAGC